AUGUCACAACACUUUGAUCCUACAAAUUACUGUAUUGAUUAUGAUGCCGUCCUCGAUAACAAGGAAGCAAGAAGAAUAUUCCAUGAAUUCUUAAUUGAAAAUAGAGAUGAAGAACCACUAGUUUUCCUUGACCAUUAUAAUGAAUACUGCCACAAUUAUGAACAUGUUUUAAAGGAAGUUUUUGGAGGUUGGUCAGAUUAUCAAAUAAUUUCAUUGAAGCAAUCAUCUAAUUCCUCCAAGCAACACAAUCAUUUAUUCAGAGUUGAAGUAAUUGGAAGAGCAGAAAGUAUUAUUAAUACAUUCUUAGAACAUUAUAGUGAACGAGAGUUGAAUAUUGGAACGAGUCAAACAAUAGUAUUAAACUAUUGGAAAGAUGUAAAGGAAGACCUCAUUGAUGUGUUUCUGGAUUCAACUGUACCAGGUAAAACAAGACUGUCAUGUACCUCCUCUGAUUACUAUAAUCUGGUUACUGAACAGAUAGAAAGUGAAAUUAUGAGAAGAUUACAUCCUGAAGCUUUGUUUUCAAAAGUACUGUCAUCUGUACAUUUAGAUUUAAAGAUGGACCAAUUCCCAAGGUUCGUCCGUUCAGAAAAGCUACUGAAUUUCCUUAAACUCAAAGGCGAAACCUUUACCAGAUCAAUUGGAUACGACAUCUCCGCAGCAUAUUAUGCUGAUAUGAGAUUUAAACCAAAAGAUUUAAAAGAUCAGAUCAUUACAGACAAGCACAUUUAUUUUGGUUUCACAUUGGCAGAGGAUACGCCCGAUUGGAAGUUGAUUUAUGGGAGAAAGGAUCUAUGUUGUUACUCAUCUAACACAACCUACUUUUUUGGAGAAUCGAAGGGAAUGAAGCUAUUGAAAGCCAUUAUGUAUCUCCCUUUUUCACUUGAAGACUUUAUUAUAAUGAUUUCCAAUACAGAUAACCAUACCUCAUUCGAUCCUCAAACUAAAGAUGGAUUCAAACUCCAAAGCUAUAGACCACCAAGUGGAUUGAACAAUUACAGCGAGGGUAGUAAAUCAACAUACGCCACACAAUGCCUUUCUAUUAGUGUUGAUCUUUCUCUGCCACUUAUCAAAAAACGACAGUUAUGUGCUGUUGCAACCACCAUUCAAGAAUCUGAUCUCUUACUACAUGUUUUACAUACUGCUGAUUUUCCAGAAGAGGAAAUGCCAAUAUCACCUCGUGUCAAGAAAGCAGCUUCACUGAGCUACUAUUUAUUCAAUAGAAUUGCUGACAAUCUUACCAGAGUGGUACAUGUAACUUACAGUAGCUUUGAUUUACCAUUUCAAACCGAUCUGUUAUACAAAAUAUUUUGGAAAAAGAGAUCCAAAGCACUGUUUAAAGGAUUCAACAAGACGCUCAAUACUACUACCAAAAACAGAACACUACAUGCCACUAAUCAUGAAAGAAUUCAAGUCCAGGACAACCACAAACACAUUCAAGCCAUGUUGGACAACAAGAAGGCUUUCCCUAAUCGUUCGUGGUACAGCGAAUGGACAGAAUUAAAGCAUUAACAUUCUAGU